AAUUACAUAAUAUUUGUACUUCACAGCCAAUACAACAUUACGUUUGUAUAAGAGUUCAGCUAGUGAAACGAAAUGCCUUGAUUUAUUUUGACCAUUCAGCCUUUUACAUACACGAUGCAAUUCACAUCAUCUUAGUCAGUUUUUAACAUUAUUAAGAGAAAGGAACGAAAGAAAUAGAAAUGUCCAGGGAAAAGAGAGAGGGAGAAAACAAAUAAUCUUAUACAGAAAUUUCGAUCAAAAAGUUGAUCGGUUAUAACUUAAAAGUUAUAACUCAGGUUAUAACUCGACUACUUUUAGCUCCUAUAUCAAUUAAAAUUUAUUUGUUUAGACAAAUCCAAAAUAUAAUCCUGGAAAAACACUUCAAUCUAGAAGAUCAUCGUCAUCUUCGUCUUCCUCUUCUACAGAAAGCUCAUCAGCAUGGUCGGAUGAAGAUCUUAAAAUGAAAUUAAAAGAAGCUGAACGGCAGCAAGAAGCAUCAUCCACACCCAUUCAACUGACUGACGAUAUUUUACUGGGUCCAUAUAGUCACAAUGAGAUAAUAAGUAAGAUUUAGUAAUAAUUC